UCCAUCCUCCAUCCUGCCCGCCUGUGUGACUGACUGCCCAACGAGAAAUGUUGGCAAAACACCCCCUCCUCAUCGUGUAGGGAGAGAAAAUAUGGCGGACAAGCGCUAAAUCCACAUCAGAAACAAACACACACGUUACAAAGCAAGACGGAAACACGCAGGGACCGGGCCGCUUUCAUUUGGACGCCACCCCCCCUUGGCGGAGGAAAAAGGCGCACUUCCAUUGAAGAGGAAAUCAUCCGGGGAGGAGAAACACUGCGAAACGGUUAUGAAGUUUUAAGAGUGGAGGCCACUGUUGUGUUGUGAGCUUGGUCAGUAUUGUUGGAGCAUGAGGAAACCUGUGCCACAGAAAGCUUUAGAGUGGAAAGAUGCCAGAAGGAUCAAGCAUGCCCGGAGUGGACGGCCCUCCCGGGUGCCCUCACAGUACCAAGGACAUUUUAGUUGGGACAAAUACCUUAAAGAGACAGGGGCCUCGAGCGCUCCCUCUUCUUGCUUCAGACAGAGCCUCACACCUCCACUAAACGAGUUCAAGGCCGGGAUGAAGCUGGAGGCCCAGGACCCCCGAAACACCACGUCCACCUGCAUCGCCACAGUGGUGGGCCUGACGGGCUCGCGGCUGCGGCUGCGCCUCGACGGGUCGGACAACAAGAACGACUUCUGGCGCCUCGUGGACUCCUCAGAGAUCCAGCCAAUCGGCAACUGUGAAAAGAGCGGAGGCAUGCUGCAGCCCCCGCUUGGUUUUCGUCUCAAUGCGUCCUCUUGGCCCAUGUUCCUUUUGAAAACACUAAAUGGAGCGGAGAUGGCGCCCUCGCGCAUCUUUCACAAGCAGGAGCCUCCCGCCCCGGAGCAGAACUCCUUCCAGGUGGGCAUGAAGCUGGAGGCGGUUGACCGCAAAAAUCCCCACUUCAUCUGCCCGGCGACAGCUGGUGCGCUGCGUGGUGUGGAGGUGCUGGUCACCUUCGAUGGUUGGCGCGGAGCCUUCGAUUACUACUGCCGCUACGACUCGAGGGACAUCUUCCCCGUGGGCUGGUGCGCCCUCACAGGGGACAACCUGCAGUCGCCUGGAACCAAAGUGUUGCCUAAGAGCCUCGGGCCAUUGACAGACGGGAGUGUGGAGAGCCCGGCCAUGCACCCCCCGCCCACAGUGGGCAGGCCUCCAGGUCAGAGAGGACGAAAGCCAGGCCGCAGGAAAACCAAGGUGACGGCGCUGUGGAACCAGAAGGGCCCGGCGCUGGGGCCGCAGAGCCUCCAGCCUGUCAAAGUCCUGGAGCCCAUCAAGAUCCCCAAGAAGAGAGGGCCCAAGCCUGGCAGUAAGCUGGGCUGGGCGAAGAGAGCAGGCUGGCUGGAAGAUGCCAUGGCCGGUCCAGGAAGGCCAGUGACGGGCCCCGGGAGAACCAGGGGCCGCCUGCCUGCUAACUGGGCCCAGAGGAUCGCUCUGCAGCAGGCCCAGACUCAGGCCGAAGAACCCGUCAAAAUCCCAAAGAAAAGAGGGCCCAAGCCUGGCAGCAAGAGGAAACCCCGGGUGGUCCCUAAUCCGGUCCCCACGUCUCCCACCACCAGCACCCCAGAGCCCGACACCAGCACUGUGCCUCUGGACAACGCCACCAUCCCCAACUCUGCACUACAGGCCCCCACAGUUUGUGUGUACCUUAACAAGUACGGCAAAGCGGGCCCCCAUCUGGACCCGCGGCGUAUCCAGCAGCUCCCCGAUCACUUUGGGCCGGGCCGGGCCUCCUCGGUCCUCCAGCAGUGUGUUCAGGCCUGCGUGGACUCGGCCCACAACCAGGGCACCGUCUUCUCCUGCCUCAAGUCUGGGCACGGGGGGGAAGUCAUUUCGGCUUACUUUGAGAAGCAGCAGCACACCCUGACCCUUCCCACGGUCAGCAGCGUCACCUACGUCCUCCGCUUCCUGGAGAAACUCUGCCACAACCUGCACUGCGACGCUCUGUUUGGCAGCCAGCCUGUGGCCAGAGGAGGCCUGCACUACGACACACACACACACACCGCCGAGAGGAGGAGUUUUGGGGACAACCUAACGACGGGCCCGGGUCGAGGCACUAAGCGCUUCCUCCAGGACUUCAACAGCCCUCUGCCUCAGAAACUGCCCAAAACCCCCCGGCACUCCACUGAUGGUGAGUCCUUCAUGGAGAACAGCGUUGGAUCAUCAGAGCACUUAAAGAAGAGCCCUCUCUCUCCAAACUCCACGGUACAAACGCCCGGCCUGCGGUCUCCCUCCAAGCUGCUGCUUCACAACAACUCUACAGGCUCAGGCAGUUUUCGGGAGAGCCCCAGGCCGAGCGGUCAGGACCCCAACCUGUGGACCGUGGAGGAAGUGAUGCAGUACAUCAGAGAGAUCGACCCAGUGCUGGCACCACAUGCUGACCUCUUCAGAAAACAUGAGAUUGACGGCAAAGCGCUCCUGUUGCUCCGCAGCGACAUGAUGAUGAAGUACAUGGGCUUAAAGCUCGGCCCCUCUCUAAAACUCCUCUUCCACAUCGACAAACUCAAACGGGGUUGAGGCGGUCAGUUGACCAGCUCCCAAUGGACUGAAUCAUCCUGUUCUAGGAUCAGUAUAUCAUGCACUUCCUAUACUGACCAUUUACAUGUAGCAAGCUCCAUCACACGACCAUAUCUGGUAUUACAAACCCUGUACUGACCUCAUCCAAUGAGGAAUGUUUAUUUUGUGUAGCACAAUCCAGCCCUAAGGCAGCAUGGGAUACGUAGGAUCACACACUUGUCCGCCAUCUGUUUCGCAUUUCAGUUUAACUUGAAAAGUCCUCUAUGGCCAUGUUAACUGUACAAGUUUUUUGGGCCAUUUUCUAUAAUGUUACAUUUUAUUCUGAACAUUUCAUAUUUUGUACUUCAUGGAUUUAUCAACUUUAAUUGUUGCCUUUUUCAACGGUUUGUGUCAGAAAUGCUAAAAGGAAGACAAGAAAAAACGAUACUCAUCCCAAUAGUUGGGAAUGCUUAUGGUUAACUCCUCAAUUUGAGGAAACAUUUUGCAACCAAUGCUAUAAAAGUAAAAGAAAAACACUAUUCUGAAAAUACUGCCAUGAAGAAAUCUGUUUAUUAAUUCUUAUUCUGGAUGUUGUUUACGAUGCCUUGUCUUGUCUUUGUUAUUUGUACUUUUUUAAUUUUUAUACUAUAUUAUUAGAGUUCCUACAUGGAGAGCCCUAUCAUGCUUAACAUUGUUCAAUAAA